UGUCUCCGCCCUGUGGCCGACUGAAUGUUCUUUUGUCCACCGAGCCGAGCAAGUGCGACGCCGUGCCUUGGGCCAAUGGUACGCCGUUCGCUGUGCCGAGCUUCAUGAAACGCUCAGGAUGUCCAAAACCUUACCGUGUUGGGAGAGCGGUAUUCCCACGAAUACUGGGCCCGGCUGUCCCGGUCCACUUUUCCGACGGAUUGUUAGGCAAGGCAGCUUGCUGCCAGCACGAGAGCGCGUAGAGCUUAAUAGUACAGGGUGACAAUUGACCCCAGGAGUGUCAUGCUGGGAUGGAUUGCGAGCGCCGCAACGAUUCCAGUUUUGAGCUGUCGUCAGGCAGAGAGGAGAAAUUGGAGCGGCGAAAUAGGGAUGGAGCCCGGAGGCAGCUUGGACCUUGGAGCAAGCAUGUUCGGGCGCCAUCGGGCACGCGGCACUGUUCCUCUGAUCGCCGUCAUCAUCUCGCUCUCUUUGGGGAACGGGAAGCGGCAAGCGGAUGCCGCAAUCGAAGGGGGGCAGUCACCAAGUAACGGGGCCAGGCCCGGCGACAACGAGAAGAUCCGGGGCGUACGACAUCCUAUGCCCACCCAGCGCGCUGCCCCGGCGUGGGCGGGGAGGCCGGUGACAACCCCUCAUGUCUGGUCGGCAGUGGGGACCAGUUGGAAAGCGUUGACACGGCAAGACUGGCGGCGCCCGAAUCUGACCCGGCUCGAAUCGAAUUGCUGGAGCGUGCCGAGGAACUGGGAAGGCGUGGCAGACGUCAUGUGGACCGAGGAACAAUUGAUGCGGUGACGCCGGUUAUCGGAGCAUUUGAUAAGAUGAGAACAGGGUGAUCCGCAUGAAGAUGUGAGCGA